AUGUCGGUGUCACAAGAGAAUAUCACAGUAGCGCCAUUGGUGUUACUAUCUGUUUUAGAUCAUUAUAAGAGAACAAAUACUCCAGAAGGGAAAAGAGUAGUUGGUGUUAUCUUAGGAAGUACUUCGAAGUCUACCAUACAUGUCACAAACUCGUUUGCGUUACCUUUUGAAGAAGAUGAGAAGAAUUCGGAUGUAUGGUUUUUGGAUCAUAAUUAUAUCGAAAAUAUGAAUGAUAUGUGUAAAAAAAUUAAUGCAAAGGAAAAAAUCGUUGGUUGGUACCAUAGUGGUCCAAAACUGAAGGCAUCAGAUUUGAAAAUUAAUGAAAUCUUUAAGAAAUAUACAUCCUACAAUAUUUUCAACAGUAAUACUGGUUCUUAUUCAACCACCUCUAAUCCAUUGCUUUUGAUUGUAGAUGUCAAACAAGAAGGUGUCGGGUUAGCAACGAAUGCAUACAUCUCAGUAGAACAAGUCAAGGACGAUGGUAGCUCCACGGAAAGAACUUUUAUCCAUUUGCCAUGUUCAAUCGAAGCAGAAGAAGCAGAAGAGAUCGGUGUAGAACAUUUAUUAAAAGAUGUAAGAGAUCAAGCUGCAGGUGGCUUGUCUAUCAGAUUGACUGCUCAAUUGAGAUCCUUGAAAGGUUUACAACAAAAACUACAACAUAUUACAAACUACUUGACAAAAGUCUCAAAUAAUGAAUUACCCAUAAAUCACACUAUCUUAGGAAAAUUACAAGACGUCUUUAACUUAUUACCAAAUUUAGGAUCUCCUGAUGAUGAUGAAUUGUCUGCUACUUCAGCAAACAAGGCUGAAGUGAUCAGAUCUUCAAACAGCUUACAAAAGGCAUUGACUGUGAAGACAAAUGAUGAAUUAAUGAUCAUAUAUAUUAGUAACUUAGUAAGAUCCAUCAUUGCAUUCGAUAAUUUGAUUGAAAAUAAAAUACAGAACCAAAAAAUGCAUGAGAAAUUAUCAUCUACUGAAAAGAAGACUGGCGAUGAAGAGGAACAUAAAGAAGGAGAUGAGAAUUCUGAAGAAAACAACAGAAAGGAAACAGAAAACUCCAAACCAACUUCUGAUAAAUAA